AUGUCUCAAGGCGGAGACAGAGGCGGAGCAGGGGAAACCUCGAGCGGAGAGCCAUGGAACCCAUCCAGUGAUGACUGGGCGCAAGUACAAGACCCGACGGAGCGGCGCAAAAUCCAAAACAAACUGGCUCAAAGGAAAUACCGGCAAAAAGCGAAGGACGAACGCGAAGAAAAGGAGAGGACUUUGACCAACCAGCAAUUGGCGGGUGGCGCCUACAGUCUGCCGGGCCCGGGAGACUAUGAGCAGCAUCCAGGCCGUCAACUAUCCGGCCUUCCUUGGGGAGGGCUAUCGAUGAGCCAUAUUGUCGAGUCAGGCAAGUCCAAAGAGCAGAGCUCAUACGAUAGCUCACGCGAGACGUCGGUUUACGCCUCAAGGUCUCGAACCGGGGGAAGCUCGCGGCAACCUUCCAGCAAACACCAAGCACCGUAA